AUUGCGCUGCAUCCGAGCACACACACCUGCUUUAAAGCUUACGCAAAUCAGCUGAUAAACACCUUCAGUGAAACUGUGCAGUCAGACCUGGAGCAAGAUGCUGCUUUUCUUCUGUCUGCUCUCUGUGACAUUAGCGGCUGCUGAAGUGGGUCUCAGUGGUAAAACUCUUCUGUUCCCGACUGCUACUGACACCAGUUAUGUAAAACUCAGUCCUAGAAAACCCCUGAGUCUGUCAGCGUUUACUCUCUGCAUGCGUGUGGCGACGGAGCUGCCGGCCAAAAGGGAGAUCAUCCUGUUCGCCUACCGCACACCUGACGAUGAUGAGCUCAAUGUGUGGAGAGAGAAAGAUGGCCGUUUCUCCGUCUAUAUUCAGUCUAGUAAAGAUGCAGCCUUUUUCCGUCUUCAUCCUCUCUCCACAUUUCAGACUCACCUGUGCGUCACCUGGGAGUCUGCGACUGGUCUUACUGCCUUCUGGGUGGACGGUCAACGCAGUUUGCACCAAGUGUACAGGAAAGGUUACUCCAUUCGUCCUGGCGGCACCGUCCUGCUCGGACAAGACCCGGAUUCAUAUGUAGGUUCCUUUAAUGCAGCUCAGAGCUUUGUGGGAGAAAUUACAGAUCUGCAAAUGUGGGACUAUGUGCUGUCCGGCACUCAGAUUAAAGCGGUGUACUAUAACCAGGAUAAUCGUGUGAAGGGAAAUGUGUUUGAUUGGAACACCAUCAAAUAUGAUGUUACUGGAAAUGUGCUUGUGGUUCCAGAUAACUGACUGGAUCAGCUGUAAUGUGCACGAUUAACCAAACAAUAAAACAAUUGUGAAAACUGCAGCUUCAGUUCGUUUAUAGCACAGACAAAUGCUUAAAUGUUAAAGGGUUCAGUUAAACCUGACCUCCUCGAUCUAAAUUUUUUUUUAAAUGUUAUGUUAGCCAAGCAAUGGGGUUCACAGACCUCCAAAGGCAAAUGAGAUCUACUUGAAACAAGCUACUGAGGAUAGAGGUAAAGUUGGUUUUAUAUUAACACCUUUGUUCAGUGACAACUCCUUUUUAUUUCCCACUGCACUUUAAAUAUUCGAUAUAAAUUAACAUGCAAGUGUGAUUUGAAGUCAACUUUUAAUUUUUUUUUUUAUAUUACUGUGAACAAUGUUGUACAUUGACAGUCAUUGGCUGCUAAAAUGAUUUCUCUAUUUAGAGUUUGCAAAAUACUUUUGUGAAAAUUAAAUUAAGGGGAACGUCUGAAUGUGACUAUAAAAUCAACUUAACCUCUAUGGCUAUAGGUCCA